CCAGCUGCACCGAGAGCUCUAACGGUGGCGCCUCUUUUCACCAUAUUAAUAUGAAAUAAAACAAAAGGGCAAAGUUGAAUGGACUUUAAGAACGAAAGGUAUGGGAUCACUACACAGAUGUUUUUUUUUAAACUUUUAUUUUCAGUUUCAGAGCUUUUCACGACUCUGAUGAUGUCAUCGGCGUGCGACGGCGCCCCAGGGGUUUUUACAACAGAAAGACGAUGACAACAAGUUUAGAACAGGCUUUAAAAACCCACUUUGGGUUUGACAGCUUCAGGUCUGAGCUACAGCAGGACGUUGUCAAAGCCGUCAUCAGAGGAGACAGGGAUGUAUUUGUGUGCAUGCCUACUGGAGCAGGAAAGUCCCUCUGUUACCAGCUCCCCGCAGUGCUGGCUGAGGGCAUCACUCUGGUUAUAUCCCCGCUCAUCGCUCUCAUUCAGGUCAGUCUCUGUCUCAGGCUCUGGCUCUUCCACUCCAAUGCAGACCCCUUCAGACACGUGGAGGAUUUUGUGUGCAGUCUCAGUUCUGUAUUACUCCCAUCCUGUGUUUGUCCCCAGGACCAAGUGCACCACCUGAAGGAGCUGAACAUCCCCGCUUGCUCCAUCAACUCCAAGCUCCCGGCAGGCGAGCGCCGUCUGAUCCUGACCGACCUGGAGAGCAGCAGCCCCAAGCUGAAGCUGCUCUACAUCACUCCAGAGAUGGUGGCCUCUCCCUCGUUCCAGCCCUGCCUGACAGGCCUAUGCUCCCGUGGCCUGUUGUCCUACCUGGCCGUGGACGAGGCUCACUGCGUCUCCCAGUGGGGCCACGAUUUUAGGCCGGACUACCUCAAACUGGGUGAGCUGCGCUCACGCUUGCCUGGAGUUCCCUGCUUGGCCCUGACAGCGACUGCGCCCAAGAAUGUACAAGAGGACAUUGCUCAGUCCCUGAGGCUACGCUUGCCGCUAUCUUUUGUUACACCUGUUUUCCGCAGUAACUUGCAAUAUGAUGUGAUCUUCCGGGAGCUGCUGCCGAACCCCUACGUCCACCUCCAUGCCUUUAUCAAGAAGGCACUGGCACUGGGCAGUGGGUCUGAUGGACAGGGUUGUGGGAUUGUUUACUGUCGGACCAGGGAAGGCUGUGAAACAGUGGCUUACCAGCUGACCAAGCUUGGAGUCCUGGCCAAGCCUUAUCAUGCGGGUCUGAAAGCAGGAGAUCGCACAGAGGUCCAGAAUGAGUGGAUGCAGGGGAAGGUGUUGGUUAUUGUAGCUACCAUCAGCUUUGGUAUGGGAGUAGACAAGGCCAAUGUCAGGUUUGUAGCUCAUUGGAACCUUGCUAAGUCUCUGGCCAGUUACUACCAAGAGUCUGGACGAGCAGGGAGAGACGGACUGCCCUCCUUCUGUCGCACAUACUACUCCCCGAGAGAUAAGGAGCAACUUAACUUCCUCAUCCGCCAGGAGGUCGCCCGCAGACAGGAAAAACGUGGCUCUGCAAAGGAGACGGACAAAACAGCCAUUACAGACUUUCAGGCCAUGGUGUCAUUGUGUGAGCAAGAAGGUUGUCGUCAUGCCAUCAUCUCCAAGUUCUUUGGGGACAAGACGCCAAACUGUGCGGGCGCCUGCGACUACUGCCGUGACCCUAAAGCUGUACGAGCCCAGCUGGAGAGAGCGGCGGCCCUCAGCACCAAGACUGAGAGCAAAGAGCCCAAAGGACCGUUCGGUUUCCAGCCAAACCUUUACGAAGGAGGAAAGAAGGGCUACGGCUUCGAGAGGCAUGAUGAAGGGGAAGCCGGCAGUAGCGAAGAUGAUGCCAUAAAGAGGAAAAAGGAGUUUUCUGACCUCUUCAAGAAGCAGAUGGACCUACGGAAGGGAACUGACGGGCAGAGGGAAGACUUUGUUCUCCCAGAUGCUGACUGCCCGCUCAGAGAAGCCAGCAGCCAGAGGAUCCCCAGGCUCACUGUAAAGGCCAGAGAGCACUGCUUGUACCUCUUGGAAGAGGCAUUACACGGCCACCAGGGGGCAGAAGACGCAUUCAAAUGUGACACUCGAUCCUUGGCGGUGGAUAUUGAACAUGAAGUCUUCAGGAACAGCAAGUCCUCCAACUUGUACAAAGCUGCCGUCCUCAAGAAGGUGUCAGAGAUGAAGAAAGCAGCCCCUCCCUCGGCUGGAGGAGAAAGAGGGGAAGAUGACGAGACUAACAACAGCAGCAGUGAAUCCAGAGAAGCUGAGUCAAAACCCAAAGGGGAAGCAUCCUCCUCCUCCUUUUCUACCUUUCCUGAGGAGCUGCAGGGGUUCACGUCUGCAUCUGAAAUCUACUCAAUGAAGCGUAAGAGGGUAGGGGCAGGCCAGAGGGGCUCAUCCAAUCCCUUCCAGACUGCCAAGGAUCUGCUGAAGCCCUCCAUGUUGGACACUGCUUCUAACAAAAAGUCAGAGAGUGGCGGGUUUUACAAUGACAGCUCGGGAGGCUAUGGAGAGCCAUCUCUCAAGGGGAAUAAGGAGAGAACAAAAGAGACAAACAAAGAUGCAUCUUCGGCUGCAACAUCAUCCAUCAGAGCCAGAGCAAAUGCAGUCGCUGCCUCCAUGAACAGCCCGACAAAGGGGGGCAAAGCCAUGAGCAAGAAGCAGCAGAAGCUGGUGGAAGCGGCAAAGAGUUCCCGCAACAUUUCCCAGUACUUUGCAAAGAAACAAACAACAGAAAAAAGCCAGGAGGAGCCGGACACGCUGAAGGGACUUGAUGCCACGUUAUCUCAAACUACCACUCUGAUGCCUCAAGAAAACAUUAGCCGGCGGGAUCACUCACCUGUCACUGUGGAAGCUGCAGAGAGCAGUCCUGUGGAAUCAGAGACUCAGGAUGUGAUCAACGAAGAAAGUAAAAAAGAUGUAAUAGUUAUAGCUGAUGAGGACGAGGAGGAAACGCAUAAAACAGAGACUUUGGAGCUGAUGCAGGUUCCAGAUGCAUCUAAAGAGGAUAUGAGACAAAACAAACCAGAGGAAAAAGCUAAACCAGCUCUAAUACAAGGGUUGACAGAUGAUACGAAAGCCAACAGAGAGGCGUCUCCUCCAGCAAAGCGCAGACGGCCCGCAGACGGCAGCAGCAGAAGAGUAACCUUCAACCCUAACGUGCAGGAGAGGGCGUUGCACCCGGUGAACGAGCCGCCGAAGCCGGUGACGCUGAAGGAGGCGGCCGAUAUUGUGGUCCGCUAUCUGGACCCGUUUUACACUCAGGGAAAGUUUGCCACCAAGGAGCUGUUCAAGUCCUUUGCUCGCUACUUGUCUCACCUUCUGGCAGAAGGAAGAAGUCGGGGAAAAGGUCAAGUUAAAGCAGAAGCCAAAGCUCUCAUCAAGAAGUUCUUCAGCAAAGUCCAGCGCUGUGAGAGCGAGGCGGACUGGAAGCAUCUUAAAAGACCGCACAGCUGUAAAACCACAGAGAACAAGGAAUGAUGGGAAGGGAAAUGUAGCCAUGUUUAGGGCCAAACCCCUUCCACUUUGUCAGUGCCUAUUGUUCCCCUGAUCUCAGGCUUCGACACAGGCGCCUGCUGACCAGGUUUAUGGUUGAUUUGCUGCAAGAGUUCUGCUUUUUUUCCAGGCCGGUUGCUGCCACAAUAGUGUAUGUCAGUAAUCAAGUAAUAAAAUGUGGACUGUUACAGCCUGAGAAGAGCGGAGGUAGCACUGUGUGCACACUAACAAGACAAGUGUUCUUUGUUUUAGCCCGUUAACGGAAAAUUGUGUACACUUUACAUUUCUGAGGACCAAAGCAUACAAUUUUAAAUCUCUCUUCUACAUGGAGGAAUCCGACUUCAUUUCACAACAAUAUGCAAAUACUGUGUGGAACCUUUUGUGGUAAUGCACUCUUCUUUUUUUCCCCCUUCGCUUAUACCUGCAGUAAAGCAUGAGCUGAAGAGUUAUCACGGUCUAUCCUCUGGGGACCACGAAUGUCUGAACCAAAUUACAUAGCAAUUAAUCAAAGAGCUGUCGAGAUAUUUCAGUCUGGACCAAAGUGGUGGACCGACUGACAGAACAACUGACAUUUCCAUCCAUAGAGCCAAGCCUCCCUCAUAGGCUAAAAAUACAUUGUGGCAGUGGUUGACAGUAAUGUGAAGUACACACAGUCUGAGAUAAAUGGGGAUAAAGCAAACAAAAACACAGGAAUGAUGUUUUAACGUUUGACGUAAAGCAAAUGGUUCUGUGUUGUGGGGGCCUAAUAGAUAUUUUUUAUUGCUGCUACAUAUUUUGUCUUUGACUGCUGGACUGCAGAACAGAGUAAAUGGACAUAAAUGAAAGAUACUGUAUGAUGGAAAACUGUAUUUUCUCUGACUUUUUUCUCAUGUUGUCUCUCAGCUUUGGCAAUAGGAGAGUUUGUGCUGAAGGAUGUUUUUUUUUCCUAUUUUCAGCAAUAUUGCUUCCAAUGAGGAAAUUGUUCUGUAGGUUAGUUAUAGUGCCUGUCAGGACUGUGAGAGGCCAUAGUGUCCCGUCUCCACAGACAGGAGGGAAACCCAAAGAGUACUUGAAGCAUGAGUGGACACAAAGACUUGACUGUGUAGAGUCUGAACAGCCAUAGUUUAUGCAUAGUCUUUGCUCCAAAAUGUUUACAAUAAAGUCUAUGCUGAAACGGAA